CACCAACUCCCGUCACCGACAUCCGCACGGAUAAAGUUGAGCAGAACAGCGGCUCCUUGUCGUGGCAGGAGCCGGGCUUCCCGACCACCAACGGCACCGAGUACGAGGUCAAGUACUACGAGAAGGAUCAGAGAGAUCAGAGUUACUCAACUGUGAAAACCACAUCAACAGCCGUGACGGUCAAUAAUCUGAAGCCUGGCACCCUUUAUAUUUUCCAAAUCCGGACAUCUUCCUCACCGGACUAUGGAAACUACAACCCUAGUAUAGAAGUGGAGACGCUGGCAGAGUUGACGGUGGCCUCCAGCGAGCAGAACCCUGUCCUCAUCAUCGCGGUGGUGGCCAUCACGGGGCUGACGGUGCUGGUGUCUAUGGUGAUCGGCAUGAUGGUCUGGAGGAGACAGUGUGGGUACAGCAAAGCCAGCCAGGACGGGGAUGAGGAGCUGUACUUCCAUUUUAAAAUACCAACCAGGAGGACGUACAUCGACCCUGACACUUGUGAAGACCCCAUACAGGCCGUGCACCUCUUUGCCAAAGAGCUGGAUAACGCUAGUAUUAAAAUUGAGAGGAUCAUUGGGACAGGAGAGUUUGGAGAAAUCUGCCGGGGAUGCCUGAAGCUGCCGAGCAAGCGAGAGCUGCCAGUGGCGAUCCAGACCCUGCGGGCAGGGUGCUCGGAGAAGCAGCAGCGCUCCUUCCUGGGGGAAGCAUGCACCAUGGGCCAGUUCGAUCACUCCAACGUCAUCCGCCUGGAGGGGGUCGUCACCAGAGGGAGUACCAUGAUGAUAGUGAUGGAGUACAUGGGGAAUGGCAUGCUGGACUCUUUUCUCAGGAAACAUGAGGGACAGUUCACGGCCACCCAGCUCAUUUGCAUGUUGCAGGGGAUUGCCUCUGGCAUGAAGUACCUGGCAGAGAUGGGUUACAUACAUAAAAGCCUUGCUGCCCACAAAGUCCUCGUGAACAGCAGCCUGGCUUGCAAAAUAACUGGUUUCAGACAGCCACAAGACGAUAAGAUGGAGACCAUCUUCUCCACCAUGCGUGGGAAGAGCCUGGUGCUGUGGUCAGCCCCAGAAGCCAUCCGGUAUCACCACUUCAGUCCGGCCAGCGACGUGUGGAGCUUCGGCAUCGUCAUGUGGGAAGUCAUGUCCUACGGCGAGAGACCCUACUGGGACAUGUCCAACCAGGAUGUGAUGAAGGCUGUGGAGGACGGGUUCCGCCUGCCCUCCCCGGUGAACUGCCAGCCCCCUCUGCACCAGCUCAUGCUCGACUGCUGGCAGAAAGACCGCAGCCAGAGACCCAAGUUCUCGCACAUCCACAACAUCCUGAGCAAGUUGGUGCAGAGCCCGGAGCCCCCAAAGUGCCCCAGCUCCACGUGCACCAGCACGUCCAUCCCCCUCACCGAGCGUACCUUCUCAGCCUUCCCAUCUUUCAGCUCCGUAGGCGAGUGGCUGGACGCGAUAGAAAUGGGCAGGUACAAAGACAACUUCACCGCUGCUGGCUACUGCUACCUGGAAUCGGUGGCCAGGAUGACAGCUCAAGAUGUCCUCAGCCUGGGGAUCACGCUGGCGGAGCACCAGAAUACCAUCCUGAGCGGAAUCCAGACUCUCCGGGCACAGGUGAUCCAAAUGCAUGGCCGAGGCGUGCAGGUGUGA